GAGGAGCAGGUGGUGCUGCUGGAGGGAAUCAUCAGCUCCAUGAGUCAAGACCUGGAGAAGAUCAGAGAGGACGCUCAGAGUGUCCACCGCUGUCUGACCGAGCACACACACACCACAGAGCUGGAGGUGCUGCGACUGGAUAGCCAGCAGUCACGUGACCAACUGCAAGAAGCCGAGAAGCGUCUGGAGCAGCAGCAGCAGGAGGUGUCGAAACUGAUGGAGUUGUGUCGGCAGAAGGACGGCGCUCUUUCCAGGCUCCGGGCAGCCAUGGACGAUGCCGUGGAGGACGCCACCCGAGACAAGCAGCUGGUGGAGUCAAUACGGUCGCAGCUGCUGGAGCUUCAGCAGACCUGCGGCUGCACGAGGAGAGGACAGGAGGAGGAGGGGAGCAGGAAACAUCAGCCUGACUCUGUGGAGGAUGAGAAGCAGCGAGGAGCAAACAGGAGAGUGGUCCUGGAGGAGGAGAUCUGGAGGCUGCAGGAGGAAAAUGACAGAAAGAACGAGGCCAUCGUGGAGCACAGAGGGAGGGAGGAGGAGCUGCAGCAAGAGAAGGCGAGGCUGGAGGAGGAGCUGAGGAGCCGGGUGGCGGAGGUGGAGGGGCUGAAAAAGGAGCAGGUGCUGCUGGAGGAGCAGCUGCUGGUGCUCAAAAACCUGGACGGGUGUCCAAACUGUGACACUGUGUUGGUGUCUCUGGAGGCGGAGCAGAGGGAGGCGUCCAGACUGCAGAAGGAGAACAAAGCUCUGGUGAACGGGAUCUUCCAGCUGCAGACGGAGGUGACCAGCCUGCAGGUGCAGCUCAAACAGCAGACUGACAGAUCGGACAGCCUAUCAGAGCAGUUCAAAGCCACAAAGACCCGCCUCCACGACCUGGAGCACCAGUCAGAGGAGAAGAACAACUCCAUCAGCAGUCUGACACAGGAACUGGAGCGCCUUCGACAGGAAGUGAAGGAGGAGGAGGGGCAGAGCAGCAGCGUUUUCCACGCCGCCAUGGAGGAGCUGAAGAAGGAGAGCGAGGCGGCGCUCCAGCGCUCGGCUCAGAAAUCCCAACAGAUCGAAGAGCUGCAGACAGACAAGCGGCGGCUGGAGGCGGAGCUUACGCUCAGUGAGAACAGGUGCGCUGAGCUCAGAGAGGAGCUGGCCAAUCAGAGAGCAGAAUUCUCCCACCAGCUGGAGAGCCUGAGGGCGGAGCUCGAUUCAGAAGGCGACGCCCUACAAGCAGCAUUUCAGGACAGCGAGGAGAGGAGGAGGCAGCGGGAGAUGGAGGUGGGAGAGCUGCAGCGAGUCUUGGAUGAGAAGGAGAAAGGUCUGGAAGAAAGCCGCCAACAGGUGGAGACGCUCAGUCGAGAGCUGCAGAGGCGGGAGGAGGAGGAGAACAGGGCCAUGGAGAAGGAGGAGACGCUGCCUCUGGUGGAAGAGCUGAAGAAGGAGAUCCAGAAACUGCAGGAGAGGAGACAGGAGGAGGAGGAUGGGGGGGGCAAGAGGAUGAAGAGUGGGGAGUGUGAGGCAGUGAUGAAGCAGAGAGACACUCAGGACCUUCGAGCCUCUCCUCUUAGGUCCAACAUGGCCGCCAGGAAGAAAACUCCCAGAACCACGGGGAGGAAGAGGAAGAGCUGCGAGCUGGAGGUUUUGGUGCACAGUGAAAACAAGAGGAACAAACCGAGGGGAAACGCCCGUUGCGUUCAGGAGAGAGGAUGCGCUCUGCAGAAGAUUGAAGAGGCGAUCCACACCUCACCGUGCGUCCUGGGCAGCAAAGGCUCGUCAGGCCCUGCGGCUCCAGAGCGAACUCACCGUCCCGUCCUCUCUGCAGAUAAAAACAUAAGCUCGGUGGAGAAGGAGGCGGUAACCGUGGCAACCAAACCCCGGCGAGGCCGCAGGAAGCUUUACAAUAUGGACCCGUGGGCGCCGAUGGUGGACUCGCCACACACGACGCCCGGAGCAGCGGCGGAGGAUCGGGAGAGCGACCACAGCAUCAUGAAGAGGAAGCUACGCUCUCAAACCUGCAGGAAGUGACAUCAUGAUUGAUCUUUAAUGUGCGGCGUUCUUCGUCUGUCAUCAGUUUGUUUGUUUUUAAUGUUUGGACCUUUAAAAAAACAGAAACCCACCAGUUCACCUUUGUGAGGCUUUAAAUUUAAGGUGGAAUUGUUUAAGGUGGAUCUCUGUGACUGCUGUGAUGUAAAUAAAGGUGAGCUGAAUCAUG